AUGGCUUCUGAGCUGGUGUGUGGUCUGAUCUUCAGAGUGCUGUUGCCAGUGUGUCUGGCGGCAGCAUGUCUGUUCAGGUACAAUGGACUGUCCUUCAUCUACCUCCUGUACCUCCUCCUCAUCCCGCUGUUCCCCGAACCCUCCAGUAUAACCAUGCAAGGCUACACGGGGCACUUGCUGAAGUCUUUAUGCUUCUGCAGCAUGACCUUCCUCUUCAUCCACAUCGUCUAUCAAAUCACCAUCCACAGUUUGCUGGCUGCAAACUCUAUCAAUUCUGAAUUCAAUUGUUCAGUGUGGGAGAAGUCAAUACGACAGAUUGGCUUCGAGAGUGUUAUUGGUGCAGAUGCAGGCAAUGGUAUCCGAGUUUUCCUCCCGGAUAUUGGGAUGUUCAUGGUGAGUCUGUCCGUGUGGCUGCUGUGCAGAAAGCUGGUCCACAAGCUUCCCAGUGAAGAAAUGGCCCAGGACAACCAUGACUUUGAGCCUGAGGAAAAGGAGGAGAAUGACGAGAAAGUGGAAAAUGGUGAUGGUGUUGAUGAUGAUGAUGACGAGAUGCUCUUUGAUGAGGACUUUGAUGCAGAAGAUGAGGCAGAGGAAGAGGACGGGGAGAGAGCAGGUCUGGAUGAGGAAGAGGAGGUGGAGGAGGAGGAGGUGCAGGAGAGCAUAAAGAUGAAGAUUCUGCGCAGAGUAGCAGGAGUGCCAACAAAACUCAAAGAGAUCAUCGGUAACCUCAUCACAACUGCUGGACAAGUGGUGAUUACCAUUCUACUGGGAUUAACAGGUGUCACGCUGCCCUCUCUGAGCUCAGCCGUCUACUUCUUUGUGUUUUUGGGUCUGUGCACGUGGUGGUCGCUCUGCAAGACCUUUGACAAGCUGCUCUUCAGCUGUCUGUGUGUCCUCAUGGCCAUCUUCAGUGCUGGUCAUCUCACCAUACUUUAUUCCAACCAGUUCCAGUUCCUGCAGGAGGCCAUCGGCCUCAACGACAGCUACACCAGUUUGUUUGGCAUCUCCUCCAUCGUUCGAACCGACUGCUCCUCAACCUGGAAGCUUGCUGUCAACAGUGGCCUGAACUGGCACCAUUUUGUCAAUCCCAUCAUGCUCUUGGUCCUGUACUACACACUGGCCACCUUGAUCCGUCUGUGGCUGCAAGAUCCCAUGAUCAUGGAGAGUGAGGAAGAGGAGAUUAACGGGGAAAAUGAGACCGCUGGAAACCGCUUCAUUCACACGUCGAUCGGGAAGCGGCUGCUCUGGUGGAAUGCGCAUCAGAAAACUGAGGAAAGAAAUGUAAUGGUGGUUAACUCUAACGGGACGUCGUUUGACUAUGUGUCCGCUGUACCCAUUGAGAACGGACCGGUCAGUCUGGAUAUUUACUCAACUCCUCAGUAUAAAACAGAUGAAAACACAAAUGAGAUCUCGGACUCACAGCUGGAGGAGGAAGAGGAGAAGACAGAUGAGGAAGAGGAACAAGAGGAAGAGGAAGAGCAGGGCGGACCGCCAGACGCUCUAGUAAAAGUGUUCAAGUUCAUCAUGAAGCAGAGCUACAUCUGUGCUCUUAUUGCUAUGAUGGCGUGGAGUAUAACGUACGUUAGCUGGCCAACAUUCGUCUUUCUGCUGUGGUCCUGUACUCUGUGGAUGGUGCGAGACCGAAGGAAAUAUGCCAUGCUGACCUCCCCGUUCAUGGUGGCCUAUGGGAACCUCCUGCUGGUCUUUCAGUAUAUCUGGUGUUUUGAGCGCUUGAGUCCAGUGCCGGGUUUCUUUCUGAAGAUGGAGGUGCCCUUCAGUGAACUGAGCAGCAAGGUUUUGUGUCAGCUGAGUUUCUGGCUGCUGCUCAGACAAACUUUGAUGGAACGACGAGAGAAGAUGGAAGAGGAAGCAGCGCUUGGUGACGUCAAAGUAGAUGAGCAGGAAAAAAGUGGGUUAUUAAAUCCUGUAAUCGUCACUGUCUUAAUGCAUAAAAAAUAACUUUCCAUGUGGGUUUUAGAGGAAGAAAAAGACAAAGAGGAAGAGGAGGGGGGCGAGAAUGACCUGAUGCAUGUGAUUGGGAAACUAGUGAUGGCUCUGCUGGUGAAAUACUGGAUCUAUAUCUGCGGAGGAAUGUUCUUCUUCGUCAGCUUCGAAGGAAAGAUUGUCAUGUACAAGAUCGUCUACAUGAUGAUGUUUCUGUCCUGCGUGGCUCUUUACCAGGUGCAUUAUGAGUGGUGGCGCAGGAUCCUGAAGUACUUCUGGAUGUCUGUGGUGGUUUACACCAUGCUUGUGCUCAUCCUAAUCUACACCUGUCAGUUUGAGAACGCCAUCAAUACCUGGUCCAGUAUGACGGGCAUGUCAGAAAAAGCACUGGGGGACAUCGGUCUGGAGAAGUACAGCCUCUCUGAGUUGUUCACCCGUAUCUUCAUCCCCACGUCCUUCCUGCUGGUCUGCAUCCUGCACCUGCAUUACUUCCAUGACCGCUUCCUGCAGCUCACCGAUCUCAAAGCCGUCAUCAGCAAAGAGCAGAGCACCAUUUACAGCUAUACUAAAGUCAGUGGUCGUAUCUAUCUGAUCGUGGAUAGACUGGCUCAUCCUGAUGGGAGUCUGGCCGAUCUGACGAUGAAGAGCAUGUCUCCAGAGCCGCUGCUGAAGGAGGAGAAGGAGAAGGAGUCCAUGAACGAGGUGCUGGUUGUGGACUGUGUGGACGAGGAGAAGAAGAAAGAGUCUCUGUCCAUCCAUUCAGCUCAUCUGUCCAGUCAGGAGGACAUUCAGCAGUUCAGCGCCGCCACAGAUCCUGAACUGCCCUCAGAACAGAGCUCAGACCUUAAGAAUAAAUGGCAUUUGGUGGUGGACCGGCUCACGGUCCUGUUCCUCAAGUUCCUGGAGUACUUCCAUAAGCUGAAGCUCUUCAUCUGGUGGCUGCUGGAGAUGCACAUCAUCAAAAUCGUGUCCACUUACAUCGUCCUGCUGUCUGUCAAAGAGGUCUCGCUCCUGAACUAUGUGUUUUUGAUCUCAUGGGCGUUUGCACUGCCGUAUAAGCAGUUUCGAGUUCUCGCUUCUAGCGUUUGCACCAUGUGGACGUGUGUCAUCAUCAUCUGCAAGUUGUUUUAUCAGCUAGAGACCAUCGAACCCAGCAACUACUCAAGUAUUUGUACUAUGCCAUCCAACUACACAGAAGAGCAAAUGAUGGACAUGAAUCAUUCUCUACUGUACCGGAAGCCCGUGGAUCCUGCAAACUGGGUCGGCCUGGAGAAGUUUGAAGAACCUGUACUGCCCAACCUGAGGAAUAACUUGUUGAUGUUGGCCAUCUUGGCAUUUGAAGUCACCAUUUACAGACAUCAGGAGUUUUUCCGUCUGAGAAACAAACUCUCUCCUCCUCCCUCUCGGACCAUCUUUCACGACAUCACCCGGCAACACCUCGACAACAGCAUCAUCAACUGCGCCAAAUACUUCAUCAACUACUUCUUCUAUAAGUUUGGUUUAGAGGUGUGCUUCCUGUUGGCAAUCAAUGUGAUGGGUCAGCGGAUGGAUUUCUACUCCAUGCUGCACGGUUUGGCUCUGGCUGUGGUGAUGUACAGACGCCGGAGGAAAGCCAUCGCUGAGAUCUGGCCCAAAUACUGCUGCUUCCUGGCCUGCAUGAUCACCUUCCAGUAUUUCAUCUGCAUUGGAAUCCCACCGUCUGCUUGUAAAGAUUAUCCCUGGAGGUUUUCUGAAUCCAUGAUGGAUUCUGACAUCAUUAAAUGGCUUUUCCUUCCUGAUUUCCACACUCAACCCAACUCCUUGUUCCUCGUCUAUGAUUUCAUGCUGCUGCUGUGUGCGUCGCUGCAGAGGCAGGUGUUUGAAGACGAAAACAAAGCGGCCGUUCGUCUGAUGGCGGGAGAUAACGUAGAGAUCUGCCGAGACCUGGACGCAGCGUCCUUCAGCGUUCACAACCCUGUACCGGACUUCAUUCACUGCAGGUCGUACCUGGACAUGCUGAAGGUGAUCAUGUUUAGCUACCUGUUCUGGUUCGUCCUGACCAUCAUCUUCAUCACGGGCACAACUCGGAUCAGCAUCUUCUGCAUGGGUUACCUGGUGGCGUGUUUUUACUUUCUGCUCUUCGGUGGCGAUCUCUUGCUCAAGCCAAUCAAGAAGAUCCUCCGUUACUGGGAUUUCCUCAUAGCUUACAAUGUUUUCGUCAUCACAAUGAAGAACGUGUUUGCUAUUUUGGCGUGUGGUUAUAUCAAGCAUUUGGUGAAGAAUAGCUGCUGGUUGGUUCAGCUGCUCAGUCUUUCCUGCACCAUAAAAGAAUACAAAGCUCUAGAAGAAUGUGAAGUGCCGAAGGACGAGGCCGGAAUCAUCUGGGACAGCAUCUGCUUCACGUUCCUCCUGCUGCAGAGACGCGUUUUCAUGAGCUACUACUUCCUGCAUGUGGUCGCAGACAUCCGCGCCGGACAGAUUCUCGCAUCUCGAGGAGCAGAGCUGUUUCAGGCCAGCAUUGUGAAGGCUGUGAGAGCUCGUCUGGAGGAGGAGAAGAGAUCCAUGGAGCAGCUGAAGAGACAGAUGGAUCAUAUUAAGACGCGACAGCAGAAGUUCAAGAGAGGAAAGGAGAAGAUGCUCAGUAUGGCUCAGGAGUCUGGAGACGAGCAGAAACUCAUCCAGCCCGACGACAACGAUGAUGAUGAUGAGAGAAAGAAAAACAAGGUGCAAAAAAAGCAGUGGUGGAGGCCUUGGGUUGACCAUGCGUCCAUGGUUAGAAGUGGUGAUUAUUACCUGUUUGAAACUGACAGUGAAGAGGAGGAGGAAGAGGAGGAGAAGAAAGAUGAAGAACAGCCCAAGAGAUCAGCCUUCCAGUUUGUGUACCACACCUGGAUUGCUGACUCUAAAGCAGCCCUGAAAGAAAGAGGCAAAGGGAGGCGUCAUUUCUGGAAGCGAUACGGCCGCAGACGUAGAAAAGACAAGAAAGAAGGUAUGAUCGGUGAAGAAGACCGUCAGAGUUCAGAGGAAGACAAAACGGACGGACCAGACAAUAUUAUCAAGAGGGUCUUCAACAUCAUCAAGUUCACCUGGGUGCUGUUUCUGACCACCGUUGAGAGCAUCACCAAGUGGCUGAAUUCCGUCUGCAGAGAAUACAUCGACAUCUCCACCGUUCUGCGCAUCGAGCGCUGCAUGCUGACCAGAGAAGUCAAAAAGGGAAACGUGCCGUCCCGUGAGAGCAUCCAUGUGUACUACCAGAAGCAGAUGAAACUGAACGGAUCUCGUGAAUCUGGACUGGACCGGAUCAGUGAGGAGGACUCCUGCUCAAACAGAGAGCGCUGCAGACGGGCCGGCCACAGUCUGGAUUCCUUCGCUUCCAGAGACAGCAUGUCCAGUGAAGUUACUCAGUCCGUUACACUUUUCUCUCGGCAAGGAACCAACGACACUCUAGACGAGGUCGAGGACGAGAGAGAACGGGUGGAGGCAAAAAAGAAGGAAACUGCAGAGACUGUUGAGGACAAACCUGAAGGAGUAGAUCAUGAGGAAGUGAAAGAGGAAGACGUGAAACGGGAAGCGAUGAAUGAGCUGGCAGGGGAAGUGACACAAGAAGUGACAGAUGAGCUGGCAGAGGAAGCGAUACAGGAAGUGACAGAUGAGCCGGCAGAGGAAGUGACAGGAGAAGUGGAAGAGGAACUCCAAUGGGAUUUGGUGGAUCCAGAGGAAGCAGUUGAAGAUGUUCAGGUUCUUCAGCUGGAUUGUGAGGAGCAUGGAGAGGAAGAGCAGUGUAUUUCUGAAGAUGAGGAUGGUGAACAGCCAAUCCGACGGGACGAUGGUGAAUCAUCGGGACCGGAGAACAUGCAAACGGACGUGAUCAGCGGGCAGCUUUUCACCCCGGACACAGACGCCCCCAAUACCUCAGACGCUGAUGUGCCGCCCAGCUACAGCAAAGCCGUGAGCUUCGACCGUCUGUCUGUGAGCCCGGACGACAGUGACAGUGACAAACGGCUGAUGCUGAUGACGCCCGACAGCAGAUCCGAUCUGGACGACCCUCUGCUGCCCUCCAUGACCGCCAGUGAACUGCUGCUCAACAAAAUGUUCUAUGAUGAGGAGCUGGAGAACUCUGAGCGUUUCUAUAAAUCGCAGCCGCUCGGGCUCCAGCUGUGUUAUGCUCUUUAUAACCUGCUGGUGGCGCACUCUGAGAUGGUGUGUUACCUGGUCAUCAUCCUCAACCACAUGAUCUCAGCGUCCAUGGCGACGCUGGUGCUGCCCAUCCUCAUCUUCCUGUGGGCCAUGCUCUCCAUUCCUCGGCCCAGCAAGCGUUUCUGGAUGACGGCCAUCGUGUACACAGAGGUCACCAUCGUCGUCAAAUACUUCUUCCAGUUCAGCUUUUUCCCAUUCAACCAGAACCUGGAAUUCAGCAAGGGGAAGCCGUACCAUCCGCCCAACAUCAUCGGCACAGAGAAGAAAGAAGGAUACGUGCACUAUGACCUGGUUCAGCUGCUGGUGCUGUUUUUCCACCGAUCCAUACUAAAGUGUCACGGACUCUGGGAUGAAGACGACCCUAAAGCGUCCCAUAAGGAUGAGUGUCUUAGUCAGGAUGAGUCUGUGGACGAGGGGAAGAUGGCGGUGGCGAUUCCACCCGAGGAAGAGAAGAAGAGUUCUCCAGCGUGCUCGCUCAAGUCUGUGAACCUCGGCAUGUCCGUGGACUCGUCCCAGGUGCACGUGCAAAUAUGUUACCCUGAGCAUCGGCCUCACCUGCCGCGGCAGAGCACUAGUGGAUCUCACCUGUCCCGCCGCUCAUCUGCGCGCUUCAAACGCGGCAGCACAAGCACACGGAACAGCAUUCGCAGGGAAAACCGCACCAGAGAGCCAGAAGUUCCGCAGAAGAGCCGCAAAGAAAUGAUCAUGGAGAAGAUCCGAGAGCAGCUCAUCAAAGCAAAGGUUUAUGUGAUCAAAAAAUUGGUUGAGUUCUGUCAGCCCAUCCGUCAGUUCUUCUAUAACCUGAUUCAUCCUGAGUACAACGCCGUGACGGACGUUUACGUCUUGAUGUUUCUAGCAGACACCGUUGAUUUUAUCAUUAUUGUCUUUGGCUUCUGGGCAUUUGGGAAACAUCAGGGUGGUGCUGAUAUCACAUCCUCGCUGUCAGAAGACCAAGUUCCCGGGCCGUUCCUCGUCAUGGUGCUCAUCCAGUUCGGCACGAUGGUGGUGGAUCGCGCCCUGUACCUCCUCAAGACAGUGAUGGGAAAAGUGAUUUUCCAGGUCGUCCUGGUGUUCGGCAUCCAUUUCUGGAUGUUUUUCAUCCUACCAGGAAUCACAGAGAGGCGCUUCAGUCAGAACACUAUCGCUCAGCUGUGGUACUUUGUGAAAUGUAUUUACUUCGGCCUGUCAGCGUAUCAGAUCCGCUGUGGAUAUCCGACUCGCAUCCUGGGAAACUUCCUCACCAAGAGCUACAGCUACGUCAACCUCUUCCUCUUCCAGGGGUUCCGUCUGAUCCCGUUCCUGACGGAGUUGCGGGCGGUGAUGGACUGGAUUUGGACAGACACGACGCUCAGCUUGUCUAGCUGGAUCUGUGUGGAGGACAUCUACGCUCACAUCUUCAUCCUCAAAUGCUGGAGGGAGUCUGAGAAGCGUUACCCUCAGCCGCGCGGGCAGAAGAAGAAGAUGGUUGUGAAGUAUGGAAUGGGUGGCAUGAUCGUGAUGCUCCUGAUCUGCAUCAUUUGGUUCCCACUGCUCUUCAUGUCUCUGAUCAAAUCUGUGGCAGGAGUGGUCAACACUCCGCUGGACGUGUCCGUUACGCUCACGCUGGGAGGACUUCAGCCGAUCUUCACGAUGAGCGCCCAGCAGAACCAUCUGAAAAACAUUUCUUCCACAGAGUUUGCCAAGUUUUUAAAAAAAUACAGCACUGAUGCAAGUGCCAUGCUGUUCCUGGAGUCUUAUAUUCAUGAGGAUUUGACAGUAGCAGAACUAGAAGGAAGUUCCAACUCUCUCUGGACCAUCAGCCCCCCGAGCAAGCGGAACCUCAUUCAAAUGCUCAGUGACGCAGACGAGAAGUUUCCUCUCACCUUCACCUGGUCCAUACAGAGAAACCUCAGUUUAGGUGCCAAAGCUGAAACUGCAAUAGGGAAACACUAUAUAGACUUGGACAAAACCACGAGAACUAAGCUAAAAAAUCUACUGAAUGGAACUGAGCACAAAGAAGUGGUCAUCGAAAACAUUUUUCCAAGAUACAUCAGAGCACCAAGCGACUCCAAUGCCAAGCCUAUUGGGCAGCUCUACAAAAAUGAAUACAUGAGCAUUACACUGUCUUUGCAUAAAUCCAGAAAAGACAGCACAGAGGGCGUCCAGGAGUGGUGGAUCGUGAAUCAGACAGAAGCAGGGCCGUUAUCUGUGGGCUCAGCCAGGAAUGCAAACGAAUCUGGUCUGGAGCUCUACAUCAUCAGUGACCAAGUCAGUCCACCCAGUCUGGGCUUUCUGGCGGGUUAUGGGAUCAUGGGUCUGUACAUGUCGGUGGUUCUGGUUAUCGGGAAGUUUGUGCGUGAAUUCUUCAGCGGGAUCUCGCACACCAUCAUGUUCGAAGAGCUGCCUAACGUGGACCGGAUCCUCAAGCUCUGCACCAACAUCUUCCUGGUCCGAGAGACGGGAGAACUGGACCUGGAGGAAGACCUGUACGCCAAACUCAUCUUCCUCUACCGCUCUCCAGAAACCAUGAUCAAGUGGACCAGAGAGAAGAGUGAGUGAGUGAGUGAGGAUGAGGACGCUAACCUUCGGAGGAACUCCAAACUAACCACGAGAAGCACAAAGCGGGAAUUGCACCUCUUUCCCAAAGCGCACGGUUGGAUUGAACCGAUUGUUCUUCAUGCUAACUGAUGAAACGUUAGCACUCGUGCAGUUUUCAUCCAGUGGGCGUGCACUUGCUAGUGUUUUUUAAGGGCUUGAUAAGUGAACUUUAGGGCUUCCAGGCAUGCGCCACUUUGAUACGACUUUCACCUUUGGGAGUGCAUGCGACAUGAUGGACGAAGACGAGAAAUACUCAACCUACUUUAGACCUGGGCUUGAUUUGUAACGCCUCUCUGAAUUCUGAAGGCGAAACCGGUUUUGCAGGAAGCCGAACCGAAGCCCUGUAGGUGGCGCUGUGAAUUACGUGACCGUCUCUAUUUGCCUUAUUUCAUUUGUACAAUCAACUAGACGCAUCAUUAUCCACUACCUUUCUCAGGAAUACAUUCGGAUUGACGACAACGGGAUAGCAACCUUUUUUCUCAUGUACGACACAGUGUGAGGAACGUACGCAACAAACAUCUGUCAUUUGUGAACAUAGAUUUGGAACAUGAAAAGGACGUUUGGUGUUUUAUAAGGCUUGAAGUAUAAUGACUUUUCAUA